CACGUAUGCUCUGACGAAGACUAUAACAUACGGGCUAUGAUGGCAGAAGUCGAGGUGGCAGAUGCGGAUCAGUUGUUCAAGCCGGACAAUAACAAAACAAUACAUGUAGCGAUACAACGGAUACCUAUUUGUUAAUUCAUGUUGACUGUUACUUUCGCUGCGAGUCUAUGAUAGCUAGUUUUACGUCUUUUGCUUUGUUAUCGUUCCUGCAAUAAUGUCAUCGUGGCUCGGAGGAAUCGGCUCUGGGCUGGGCCAGUCGCUUAGCCAGGUUGGUGGAAGCCUGUCUACGUUCACGGGACAAAUUUCAAACUUCACCAAAGACAUCUUGCUGGAAGGAGCGGAAGAAGUGGGAGAUGCGACCACCGAGCUCCAUGUGUCGAACUCCAGGCUGAUGACGCUGGAGGGUGCCUACACUUCACAGAAGUCUGAGCAUGACCGGCUGCAGAAGGUCCACGCUGAGCUGGAGGAGAAGCUGGAAGCUGCAGAGAUCCAGAUCAAGCAGCAGACCAUGGAGCACCGGAGGCUCCUGCAGCAGAAAGAGGUGGAGAUCAGUCACCUGAAGGCACGGCAGGGCGUCCUCCAGGAGGAGGUGCAGAAGCUCCAGCACUCCAGCCAGCCUGCGUCCGAACCCGCCGUUCUGCCCCUCAGUUCCGCCUCCUCCUCCUCUUCGUACCUGCCCCACUCCUCAGGGGCGCACCAGGGCUUCCAGGGCGACGAGAUGGACUUCAGUGAUGUCAUCUGGUCCCAGCAGGAGAUCAACCGUCUGUCCAAUGAGGUGUCCCGGCUGGAGGCCGAGGCGGCCCAUUGGAGACGCCUGUCUCAGGCCUCCAAAGCCUCUGGAGCAGCCAGCAGUGACCAGGAGGAGGUGGUCAGACUCCAGAGAACCAUCAAGGAGCUGCGGGCGACGGUGGGCCGUGAGGAGGACGAGCACCAGCACGAGCUGGCCGCCCUGCAGGACGCGCAGCAGCAGAAGCUGGCCGAGGUCACGCGCCGGCACCGCGAGGAGCUCGCCGAGUACGAGGAGCGGAUCGAGGAGCUGGAGGAGCAGAUCCACAACGGUUCUUCGAGCUCUGCGUCGGCCCAGGAGUCCUCCCGAAUCGCGGAGCUCCAGGCCAGGAUCCAGGCCCAGCAGGAAGAGGCGGAGCUCCAGGACAGGAAGCUGCGGGAGCUGACCGACAGCCUGGCGGGGCUGGGCCGCGAGCAGGCCGCGUCGCUGCGGGAGAAGGAGGAGGUGCAGGAGGAGAACCGGGAGCUCCUCCAGAACUACGCCCGCCUCCAGAGCUCGGUGGAGGAGCUGCAGACGCGCGUGCAGGAGCAGGAGGGGAAGGCCCUGCACAAGGCGCACCAAGACAACGAGAUCCAGACCCUGAGGAAAGCUCUCGCAGGGGCAGAAAAAGAGAUCUCAAGGUUGAAGACCCUCAGCGAGAAUGAACCCAGGGCCGAAGUGGAACAUGCAGACAUUCUAGAACUUAACACAAUAAUUGAAACCUUGAGGCGAGAGAAGGUGGAACUUGAGCAAGAAAGGCUGGAUUUGCUGGAGAGAGUCCCGUGUGCGGAGGACAGUGUGAAGACUGAAGGGGAGCCUGACUCCAGCCUGCAGGCGGUCGAGGAUCUGAGGAAACAGCUGGAGGAGAGGGAGCAGGCUCUGAAGGAGGUCCAGCAGGACCGGGACACGCUCAGCACCGAGCUGGAGGAACUGGACCUCCAGAACCAGGAGGCCACACAGCACCUCAUCUCCCUGAAAGACCAGCUGUCGGCGCAGCACAAAGAGACGGACGUCAACACCGCUCACCUGCAGCACGAGCUCGAUACCGCGCGCGCCCAGAAGGGGGCGCUGCAGCUGGAGUUGGAGGCCCAGCGCGAGAAGCUGAGCAAGACGGCCUUCGCCCUCAACGACAUGCACAUGGGCAAGCAGCAGCUGGAGGACACGGUGAAGGAGCUGCGGGAGAAGCUGGGCCAAGCGCACGAGCGGAGCGCCCAGGCACGCGAGGAGACCGCCCGGCUCAGCGGGACGCUUCUGGAGAGGGAAGAGGAGCUCGCCGCCGUCAGGGUGGAGCUGAGCCUGGCUGGGGCGACGGGCGGCGAUGGGGAGGACCAGCAGAGGGCGCUAGAGGAAAAGGCGAAAGAGCUGGCUGAGCUCAGGCAGGAGGUGGCGGCGUUGAGAAAUCAACUGGAGAAGGUCAAGUCUGAGGACUACGAGAUCAAGAUGGAGAACGGCAAGUUAAAGUCAGAGGCCAAGGAGGCCGCGUUGAGACUGGAUGACCUUGGCCAACAGGUCCGGGAUGGACAGGCUGCAAUGAAAAGGGCCAUCCUGGAGAAGGACACUCGCAUCGAUGCGAUGAAGCUGGAAAAGGGACAGUUGGAGAGCGAACUGAGCCAGGGAGAGCAGCGGUUGAUGGAGCAGGACCGGCAGUACCAGCAGACCAUCGACGAGCUGACACGGGCCCGGUCCAUGGACGCCACCGCCCUACAGACGGAGCAUGAGAACGCGGUCAAGCUCAACCGCGAGAAAGACUUUGAAAUCGCGGAGCUGAAACGGGAGAUGGAGCAGAUGGCGGCCGACCACCGGGACACGAACGAGAUGCUCGCCGCCACCAUGGCGGGCCAGAAGCAGCUGACCGAGGUCUUGCAGGAGAAGGACGUGUUCCUGGAGACCCUGAAGUCGAACGCUGCCGAGACCCAGAAAGAGCUGGAGGAGAGCUCUCGCGCGGCCAAGGAAGGGCAGGCCCUGAAGCACGUGCUGGAGGAGAAGGACAAGCAGCUGGGCGCGAUGAAAGAGGAGAACAGCCACCUGAAGGAAGAAAUCGACCGACUGCGGGACCAGCAGAGCAGGCCGCAAGCCCUCGCGGAGCCCAGGACCCUGGACAUAAUCACAGAACUGGAGACGGAGAUUGCCCAGCUGAAGGCAGCGAGGGACGCCCUGGAAGAGGAGGCGCUGACCCUGAGGAGGACGUCGGAGGAGCAGCGGGGCGGUCUCCUGCAGUCCCAACUGUCUGUCCAGGCGCAGCAGAACGAGCUGGAGCAGGCGCAGGCGCGGCACGAGCAGAGCACGCUCAACUACGAGAAGCUCAUCGGCGCCAAGGACGACGAGAUCGCCCGCCUUCAGGAGGCCGUGGACCAGAUGACCGAGCGGACCACCCACAUCGAGUCGUCCUCGCCGCUGCAGGCCCUGCCGCCGGCCGUGGUCAUCCUGCAGGACGAGAAGACCCAGUCGCUGAACGGGGAGAACGGGAACGAGAAGCACGACCUGUCGAAGGUGGAAAUCGAAAAACUGGUGAAGGGGAUCAAGGAGAAGGAGAGCGAGAUCAGCCUUCUGAAUGAGAAGAACCUGUCGCUGGCCAAGCAGCUGGACCAGCUGGUGGUCUCUCGGGACGAGGCGGGCAAGCUGUCCCAGAUCGUGCGGCAGAAGGACCUGGAGAUCCAGGCCUUGCAUGCCCGGGUGUCGGCCGGCGGGCACACUCAGGACCUGCUGUACCUCCAGCAACAGCUGCAGGCCUAUGCCGUGGAGCGCGAGCAGGUGCUGGCCGUGCUGAACGAGAAGACCCGCGAGAACAGCCAGCUGCGGUCGGACUACCACCGCAUCAUGGACAUCGUGGCCGACAAGGAGUCCUCAAUCCUCAGGCUGCAGCAGGAGAACCAGCGCCUGUCUCUCAUGGGCGACCCGUCCGGGAGCCACGAGAUGUCCCGCGAGACCAUCCAGAACCUCUCGCGGAUCAUUCGCGAGAAGGACAUCGAGAUCGACGCCCUGACUCAGAAGUGCCAGACUCUGGUGACCGUGCUGCAGACAUCGGGCGGCGACCUGGGGAGCGGCAGCGGGGUGAGCAGCAACCAGUUCGAGGAGCUCCUGCAGGAGCGGGACGGCCUGAAGCAGCAGGUGAAGAAGAUGGACGAGUGGAAGCAGCAGGUGAUAACCACCGUGAAGAACAUGCAGCACGAGUCGGCCCAGCUCCAGGAGGAGCUCCUCAAGCUACAGGGCCAGGUCUCCGCAGACAGCGACUGCAACUCGCAGCUGUCCGUCGACUACACCCGGCUGAUCCAGAGCUAUGAGCAGAAGGAGAGGAAGCUGGGAAACUUGAGCCAGGAGCUUGCUCACGUCCAGCAGACAAUUACCCAGCUUAGCAGCACCAAGGACGUCCUGCUCGGGAAACUUGAAGGCGUCGCGCCGGGUCCUGAGGCCUUGACGCCUGCUCAGGCAACGGUGCUUUCUGUUGCAGUGGCACCUCCCAGCCAACAGGAGGCGCCAUCCGAGCAACUCCUGGGGGAAGUGAGAAGGCUCCAGCAAGAACUCGAGUACCUGCAAAGGCUCCUGGCGGAGAGGGAUGGGAUGAUCCGAACACUGCAGGAAAACAACCACCGCUUGUCCAACUCGAUGGCCGAGAGCGAGCAGAGGGGACUGGCGGAGGAGGCCCGGCAGGCCCAUGAAAAACUGGACUCCAUGCAGAGGUCCCUGAGGGAGAAGGACCUGCUAAUCAAGUCCAAGGGCGACCGGCUGGUCCAGGUGAGCGAGAGCCUGCGGAACCGCGAGAACGACAAUGAGGUGCUGAAGCAGGCCGUCACCAACCUGAAGGAGCGCACGCUGAUCCUGGAGAUGGACAGCCGCAAGCUGAAGGAGGAGAACGAGCUGGUGAUGUCGCGCUCCCGCGAGAAGGAGUCCGAGUUCCGGGCGCUGAGGGAGACCAACCUGCAGGUGUCGCUCCUCCUGAGGGAGAAGGAGUUCGAGUCCAACGCCAUGAGGGAGAAAGCCGCCGCCCUGGAGAAGAUGCUCAAGGAUGGAGAACAGGGCAAGUCCGGGGAGCUGAACCAGCUGCUGAAUGAGGUGCGGUCAAUGCAGGAGAAAGCCGUGGCCUUCCAGCAGGAGCGGGACCAGGUGAUGCUGGCGCUCAAGCAGAAGCAGAUGGACAGCGCUGCCCUGCAGAAUGAGCUCCAGCACAUGAGGGACAAGGAACAGCGGCUGAAACUGGAGCUGGAGAGGCUACGGAAUCACCUGCUGGAGAUCGAGGACUCCUACACCCGAGAGGCCCUGGCGGCUGAGGACCGGGAGACCGAUCUGCGCAAGAGGGUGGCCCUGCUGGAAGACAAGCUUGCGACCUCGUCCAGCGCCGUGGAGAACGCCAGCCAGCAGGCCAGUUUGCAGGUGGAGUCUCUGCAGGAGCAGCUGACCGGUGUGGUGAGGCAGAGAGACGAUGCUCUGGUGAAGCUUCGCACCUCGCAGGAGCAGGUCAACCAGUACGCAGUUUCACUCUCCAACCUGCAGAUGGUGCUAGAGCAGUUCCAGCAAGAGGAGAAGGCCAUGUACUCAACAGAGCUGGAGAAGCACAAGAAAGAGAAAGAUGAAUGGCGAAGGAAAGCAGAGAUGCUGGAGGAACAGGCGUCUGCUCUGCAGAUCAAUCUGGACGAGGCCACGGCCGCUCUGGACUCUGCCUCCAGGCUGUCCGACCAGCUGGACCUAAAGGAGGAGCAGAUCGAGGAGCUGAAGAAGCAGAUGGUGGCCAAGGACGAGACUCUGGAAGAAACGCAGAACCAGAUGAUGAACCUGGUUAAAGGCACAGAGGGGAAAGUGGACAAGGUGCUGAUGAGGAACCUGUUCGUGGGGCACUUCCACGCGCCCAAGAGCCAGAGGCCGGAGGUGCUGCGGGUCAUGGGCACCAUGGUGGGCCUGGACCGGGAGGAGGUCGACAAGCUGCUGCAGGAGGAGGGGCGCCGCGGUUUGACGGGCUGGGUGUCCGGCUGGCUGGGAGACCGGGCGGUGCAGAGCGUCCCCAACACCCCCCAGAGGCCCGGAGCUAUCCAGGGUCUGAACAGCUCCUUCUCUGAGAUGUUCGUGAAGUUCAUGGAGGUGGAGUCCAGGCCCCUUGGUCCUGCACCCAAACUUCCCGUCUAUGAUAUCAAGCCCCUGAGUGCACCCCCUGCUGGACGGACCCCCAGCAGUGCCCCCGCCCUGCCCCCAGCAGGUGCCCCCGGAUCCGGCGGCAGAGCCGGGGACUCGAACCCCUUCCUGGCGCCCCGCUCGGCCGCGGUGCCCCUCCUGAACCCGGGGGCCCCCGGCGGGGGCGGGGGCGGGGCCCACAUGCUCCUGAAGCCCCUCUGCGACACCCUGCCCUCCUUCAUGCCCGUGCCCGUCUCCUCGGCAGCCAGCGGGGGGGCCGUGCUGAAGGGCCUGCUCCAGCAGUGAACGGACCGCCGAGCGGUCGCCGCAAGCACUUUAACCGCCGCGGACGCCGCACCGCCAGGGCGGUCAGAGCUGCGAGGACAUCCACCAUGGUUAACGGCAUCGGGAGAGAAACGGAGUGAGAGAGAGAGAGAGAGAGAGAGAGAGAGAGAGAGAGGGGGGUAAUAGAGAAAGAGAGCGUGAGAGAAACAUGGUAAUAGAGAAAAACAGUGUAAGAGAGAGAGAGAGAGAGGGUAAUCGAGAGAGAGAGAGAGAGAGAGAGAGAGGGUAAUGGAGAAAAACUGUAAGAGAGUAAGAGAUGAGAGGGAGGGAAAGAAAGCAAUAAUGAGGGCGGUUUUGUCUUGUAUUAAAUCGUGCUGAAGGGGGACAGGACGCUGAGUUACAGUAAUGCUGCAAGGAGCCGUUCAAACAGUCGUAGUAUUGUCACAGACCUCGACAGGAUGCAGGCCUCAUGUCCUGAAAGUCCCGUUCAUCUGCCUGGGCGGGGAAAAGGCGCGCCUCUCUCAGCUGCCCCCGUAAUGACGGGCUGUUUAAGGGCUGAAUGACUUUAGAACUGUCGAAGCACUUUGUGUGCGCACGAAACGACUAUUCCCUUCGCCACUUCGCCAGAAUUCUACCUGUCGCAUCCUCCGCGUUGCGCAGAAGAUUAUAUUUAUGCACCAGCCUUUACUGAAGGAUUAUUUUUCCUGUCAAAACUUUAGGUUUUUUUUUUUUUUUCUCCUUUAGUAUAAGUUUGUUUUCAGUCUGAUUCAAGGAUUUACUGUGCUUUCUGGCUCCAGCGAUGACCGAAGAUUUACAAGACUCUGUGCAUCUGUUAUUUCUAUACAGACAUCGCUGUGAAAUCGUCCUUUUGGGUUUGUGUUCAGGCAAUCGGGCCUUAACACGUAUCGCUGUGUGGUUAUUACAGCUGCGGAGGCCCGAAAUCUUCCAAAUGUUAGUUAUGUAUAUAUACAAACAUGUAGCUUAUGUACCAUCAUUGCAUUUUUACCCUGGAAGGCGUUGGAAAACUCUUGAAGUGGAGGAGCCCAGACCAAUAAACUACAUAUCAUCAAAGUUGUAAAGGCUUAAUCAUUAAAGGUUUACAAGAACACUACAAAAAUCUGUGUACAUUUUGUGGUAAUGUAGACCGUAAACAAUCACAAGGUUGAGAGGAAUGAUGUGUAUAUUCCUUCAGAUGCCAGCCAUGCUAAUGUAAAUAAGAUUAUAUGGAUACAGAAAAAGAAAAAUCUUGUCGUUUUGCAGCAUUGCCUUCUGGGAUACUUCAGACUAAUAUUUGUCCUAAUCCAAUCCUUCAACUACAUUUUGUUUAUUAUUUCAUUGUUUUGCUCUUAUUCAGAAUUUGGAAACUGUUCUGGUCACUUUCCUAUGAGGUCAGCAUCAGGUGGAUUUCUCAGCAAUGCAUUUUGGGGAAAAAUAAAAUACCUGUGUGCUCCCAUGCUUUUAUACUUGUCCUUGGUGCUCACAAGCCAAGCCAGGCAUACAUCACAAUGACCCAUCUUGCUGUUGCAUUGCUUUUAGGGACUGUUGACCUGAAUCCUCCCCAUUAAUUGGGUUUGUAGGACUUUGGAUGUUUUUUUUUGUUUUGUUUUUUUAAUAGUACACUAUAUUCAGAUAAUGAAUUUAAAUAAUGUAUGGAAAAAAAACGUGCCAAAAAGAACAGGGACAAAAGUUUAAUUUUCAGAGUUUUAGUGGUUUCUUUAACGGAUUUAACGCAUCUCCUCUCUGCAUUGAAACCUUCGCCUUAUAAAAUUGUCGUCUCAUCUCCAAGGCAUUGGUGUUACUUCGAGGGUUCUGGCUGUUACAGUUCUGACAUGUACGUGCACAAUGAACAUCCUCCAAACGUGCUCUUUGAUCAGCGCUUUUCUGCGUUGGUGCUAAGUAGACGAAGGACAGUUGCUUUACAGAAAUGCUUGUUGUGAAUUUUUCUUUUUUUAGAAGUCUUCCGUUUAGUUGCAUGAAGUACAAAGUAUUCGGAACACGGUCCUUUUACUAAUAUGCAGUUAUCUGAUAGCGGAGUAUUUUUCCAGUUGCAAUGACAUCCUUUGGUCAAUGUGCCUGCUUUUGGCUUAUAUUCAUAAGCUGCACAGGAGGCACUGCAAUGUUUUGAUGUAGAGGUUUCUCAAUACUUCCCUUUUCUUUCCUGCCUGUUGAUUUGGCAUGUCAUGUAUAAUAUAUUUAUAUAGCGAAUCAUCGAUCAGUCACAGAUUACCCUUAAGCACAUCGUUCAAUUACAGGGUUUUGAAGCAUUUUAUGAUCAUGAAGACUGGUAGUAACAGAAUUAUUUUCUGACUAUCAUAUUUCAAUAAAUAAAAAAAAUUCACAUAUGUUUAAUUGCCUUUUUUUUUUCUUUUUUUUUUUUCCCCAACAGUUUCCUGCAUCACUUUGUAUACUGUGUGUGUAUUUCUGUGCUUGCAUGGGACAGAUCACCAUAGAGUGUCACAACUUUCCCAAGACAAGGAGAUGUGGGACAUAUAAGGCUUGUGACAGGCUUUUAUUUUACUUGCAACAGGACAUUUUAUUUUUCAUUUUGUUCUAUAGCAAAAUAAUGAAAUUCUGAUCUAAAAGAAGGUUGUGUGUAUAAUCCCUUGGGAAAAUAGGGGCAGCCUGUAGUGUAGUGGCUAAGGUACAUGACUGGCUCAAGCCACAGUGCAGCCACGAUAGCUGUUGGGGCCCUUGAGCAAGCCCCGCAUUGCAUCAGGGAGGAUUGUCCCCUGCUAAGUCUAAUCAACUGUCAAGUCACUUUGAAUAAAAGUGUCAGCUAAAUAACAAAUUAUUAUUAUUAGAACUACCAUUUACCUUGUUGGGGGUGGAAAUGUGUAUGGGUAUGUUCUGUAAUAAACCAUGUACAUUCAAA